CACGCUGUUGCCGGUAUUACCUAAAUUCGAUGUCGGUGAGCCGAACCACGAAUAAACUAUUCUCGGGUCGUCAUAAUUUUAUAUUACACAGCUGGUAUCAAAAUUUUCACAAAGUGCGAUCGUGCUUAGAACCCGUAGCUUCAGGAAGCGUUAUAUGGAUACCAAGAAAGACUGAAAAGUUUCGCGAAAAUAACGAACCUGUAGUAUAUUACUGCAGAGCAGUUGGACCAGAAACAACCGACAAAAGGGAUGUUAAAAAGCGAUGGAUUCCAGUCAGACCUGACGUCGUUUCACCCAAAUACAUCAGGCCUAACGAAUGUCAUCUUCAUCAAUCACACCUGAACUCUCAAAGCGCCGUUACAACUACACUAACAUGUAUGCUUCCUCACCGAGGCAGAGUUGUGAAACGCAAAGACAUUCGAUGGGAUGUUGGGUCGCACAAAACCUCUGUGGAAAUGACUGACGAGUUGGAAACACACUGGGGCAGACCAGCCUGCUGUUCUACGCAGUGGGCUGAGGCAUUUACAGCCUCGACGGGAUGCCCACCGUAUUAA